AUGCCGCUAGCGACGCAGAUGUGCAGGCAGAUCUUCCACUUUGUGGCUGUCUUGUGCAGGUCGGAGCCGAUGCUGGGCAUCUGCGUCGUGGGCGGCAUGUGCGCUCUUCUGUCUGGCAUCACGUUCAGCGUGACCGCUAUUGAGUCGCCGGAGAACGAGUUCAUGCAGAGCUGCACGAGGCUGGGCGGCCCGAAGGUGGUCAUGGCAAUAUUAUGCGUCCUGUAUCUGUUGAAGCUGGAGAGCGCGGGGGAGAUCAAGCGAUCUCCACGGACGUGCUACCCGAUCCCAGCGGAGGCGGGCUGGCCACUGAGGGGUAGAAGCUUGAAAGGAUUGAGCAACAUCACGAGAGUAGAGGGCUCCAGCAAAGACGGGACCUACUGCGUACGUUGCCUGGUUUGGCGCCCACCCAAGGAGCACAAGCCUCACCACUGCAACACCUGCCAGCGCUGCGUGACUGGAUUCGACCACCAUUGCGGCGUAUUUGGCCGUUGUAUUGUGAAUGGCAACAUGGUGUGCUUCGUCACAUUGAUCGGCCUGCUCUUCACAGGGAUGUGCACCGCCAUGGUCGCAGUCUCCACGAGUUCGGGUUCAUAUCGGGAGGCUUGA